CCUUCUAUCACAAUUGUCGUUUGUUUUUGUAGUUAGUUAUCCUGCCUAAAUUUAAAUUGUUUUAUUUAAAAUAAGUGGGAAAAUGUCAUAUUUUCGUUAAACAGCACUAACGUGAAACAUGCAGUAAAAAACGUAUCCAUUCAUUUCUGCACUCAGAAACCCAAAACUUUGAAAGGCAGUAGGGUAACUGGUAAUUUCCGAGGACACAAAUAUGGCGGCCUCCUUGCGGCUGGGACAUCGGGGGAUAUUGAGUGGUUUGAGGUUAAUAAAACUGAAGAAAUGCACCAGCUUAACCCAAACUCAGGAUGGAUAUUAUCGGCACUUUUUUCAGUCCUCACCAAUGUUUGGAGUGGCCCCAGUCAAAGUGAUGAUGCCAGCUCUUUCCCCCACCAUGGAGGAGGGCAACAUCGUCAAGUGGCUGAAGAGCGAAGGGGAGGUGGUACAAGCUGGAGACGCACUCUGUGAGAUCGAGACCGACAAGGCUGUGGUUACCUUGGAAUCCAGUGAUGACGGCAUCUUGGCAAAGAUCUUGAAAGAGGAAGGCAGUCGCAGUGUACGUCUGGGCACCCUCAUCGCCCUCAUGGUCGAGGAGGGACAGGAUUAUAAGCAGGUGGAGAUCCCAGCGGAGGAGAGCAGCCCGACACCCCCUGCCCCUCCCCCAGCACUGUCCCCUUCACCCCUCACUGGGGCAGUUCCUGUGGUCCCACACAGAGCAGAGACCACGACCAGCACUGCACAGCACAGGAUGAGUCCAGCUGCCCGACACAUCCUGGACACACACGGGCUCGAUCCUGGCCUGGCCACAGCAUCAGGACCCCAUGGGAUCAUCACCAAGGAAGAUGCUCUGAAGCUGCUGAAGAAGAUGGAAUCAAGGGAGCAGGUGGCUUCCAGAGCACUUCCGGUUUCUCCGGCACCUCCUCAGCCAUCUCCCGUGGUAUCACCCAUGAAGGGUUCAGUUCGGCCUUCCGAUCCUCCAGUCUCCAUUCCUGGGAAACCCGGUACUCCUGGCACUUUCACUGAGAUCCCAGCCUCCACCGUGCGCCGUGUGAUUGCCAAGCGGCUGAUGGAGUCCAAAUCCACCAUCCCUCAUGCUUAUGCCUCUGUCAGCUGUGACGUGGGCGCGGUGCUGCUGUUGCGCAGACAGCUGGCCAAAGAUGAAAUCAAGGUGUCAGUCAACGACUUCAUUAUCAAGGCGGCUGCUGUUACCCUGAAAGAGAUGCCAGAAGUGAAUGUGACAUGGAGUGCAGAAGGGCCAAAGGCUCUGGACACCAUCCACAUUUCCAUAGCCGUGGCAACAGAGCGGGGACUCAUCACUCCCAUCAUCCGGGACGCUGCUGACAAGGGUCUGCAGGAGAUUGCAGCCAGUGCGAAGGCUCUGGCCCAAAAGGCUCGAGAUGGAAAACUGCUUCCAGAAGAAUACCAGGGUGGAUCAUUCAGCAUCUCCAACCUUGGUAUGUUUGGCAUCAGUGGCUUCAGCGCAGUGAUUAAUCCUCCUCAGGCCUGCAUUCUGGCAGUGGGGCGCUCACAGGCCGAGCUCUUCCCCUGCCUGGAUCCAGAGGGUGGAGCUACAGUCCAGCAGCGGCAGCUCUUGACCGUCACCCUGUCCAGUGACGGGCGGCUCGUGGAUGACCAGCUGGCCUCCCAGUUCCUGGACAAGUUCCGUGCCAACCUGGAGCGGCCGCAGCGCCUGGCACUGGUGUGAAUUGGCACUCCGAUGCCAUGCUGCGGGCAAGGGGCACUGACAGUCUUGCAAAACCCAGCGCAACAGGGGUUUGAUGGGCAGUUCUCUUGAGUUGGAGAAGUCAAAUUUAUUUAGUCCCCCCCCCAGUUUGUUUUAUGCAGUUCACGAUUCUCUGUUUGGAUUCCACAGCAGUUCCAUAGUAAUAUUCCCCUUGUGAAAGAGGAGUGACAGAGAUAGAGGAGGAAUUUACCAUCUCUUAAUCCUCUCCUAACACAUUGAACUUUUAUAUCUAAGCUGUAUGGAUCAAGAAUAGAGAUCUCAGAUCCGGGGGGUUUUUACUCAUUGGGGGCUGCUGUUAUUCAUUGAAAUUAGGAAAGUCUUCCUUUUCUUUCCCUUAAAAAAAUAAUAAUUAAGCUCCACUGAGCUUCCCCAAGGGGAUGUUGCAUCUUGACCAUUUCUUCAAUGGUCUUUAACCCAGGUUCCUGAGAGCCUCAAUACUUCUGGCUUUUAUAGAUGUUUCAGUCUUUAAGUAAAGAUCAUGUUCUCGACCUGAAGGCAAUAAUGGGUACAGUUAAGCAACUGGGACUUUAGUUGGAAUACAGACCAGAUCUGGAAGUCUUUUGCAUUUCCAUUCUGCAUAGGCUUGGUUGGGCAUCACACUAUACAAAGCUUACAGUCUGUUCAGAAAAAUAGCCUUAUUUAUUAUCAUAUUUAUUAAUAAUCGUGUCUGGCUUAUUACAGAUUUUCAGAAGCACCUUUCUUCACCAAUGCAUAUCUUCACUGUAGCUCAGCAGCUGCGCACUUCAGUGUAGAAGCAUUUACAUAAUUAUAAAGACUUGAAAAUUUCAUUUUACACUGGAAUGCAGCAUUUGGAAAUUUUCAUAUGAGGUAUAAAAAUAAACAUGAAAACAAACAUAUACUGUAUGUAGUAAAUUUUAAAUAAUAUAGUAAAAUGAGCAGGUGCAUACACAUACACCUAAGAUGACACUUUUGUUCCCCAGCAGCAGAAUAUUGUUUAAGCCAACUUUUUGUUCAUAGUCCCUCAAAUAAUUAGCUGUAACUCUUUCUGACUGCGUUUUGUAAUCCUGUUAGAGAGCCCUAAGGAUGUUGCACCUCUGUGUCCUGUACCUGGGGAUUCUGUCCAUGAAAACCUCACGCAGACAAAAUAAGGAACCAUUAGAACUUUCAUAAAUGCAAGAUUACUGUCCGCACAUUGGUUUGUAAUUUCUUAUGUCUGUAAUAUUUAAAAUGAGUAAAUGAAUAUCCAUGACGGAACAUGGCAAA